UGGCAUUAUUUCAACUCAUUCCAACUACAAACUUUGUAACGAGCACAUCUUAACCUCAAUAACUGAAAAGUGAAAAAAAAGCGACCUUCAAUUAUAGCAUUUGACUAUCAAUAAUCUUAUUGAGACGAUGGCUAAUUUACUUAUCUUAAUUUUAGCUUGUUCGUUUUUUGUGGCUGGAGAUGGAUUGCGUAUAAAACGCUCUGAGAGUGUCACAAAUAAUGUCAACCAAUCGAUAAUGGGAACAACCAAUGGUACUGGCACCACUCUGGAGGCCACAAGUGCUACUACCGAGAUGCAAAAUAUAACUUUGACAGACGAUUCGAUCCCUAAUGAAAUUACUGCUAAUGGAACCACCACUGAGAAGACUGCAAAUGGAACCACCACUGAGAAGGCUGAAUUAAUUCCAUCUGUUACUGCUUCAUCGAUGCCAUUUGCUGGGGCUUUUGGAAAGGUGGAGCUGAUUUUGGAUGAUGGACUACCAAUGGAACUAACCAAAUUGCAUCAUGGCAAACGUCGCUUGGGACGUGUCGAUGAAAUGUUAAUGCCAUCGCAUCAGGCCCGUCACCGACGUCAUCAUGGUGGUCUAAUAGAUGCACCACCACCACCACCAGCACCAUCAUCUUCAGCUCCAUCUGCUCCAUAUGUCUACUAUAACAAAAUGGUGUCGCCCGAUGGAAAGCAUGAGGUAAAGGAAUUUGAAAUACUCGCACCCAAUAUGAUGAUUGAAAGUGUCCAGCACCAGCUAAACUAUGGCCCAGAUCAGGAUCUUGGUGGAAUGCUCUACCUAAAUGCACCUGAGAUCAAGAAUGGACGAGGACGUCAUCACAAACACAAGCCGUCAACAUCGGUUGUGCCACCUAUGAUCUAUAUGCUGCAGCAUUUUUUGGAAUCCACCAAUAAUAUGGAUAGUCCAAUAAUGGAGCCAGUACAUCAGUUCAAAGACAAGAACAUGCAUCGUACUCCCAUGGAUGAGACCCUUUAUCAGUUUUUGGACAAUGCUGUUGACUUGGCUUUACGCAACAAUCAUGAUGUAAUCGAACACCUUUUGGGUGAUCAUCUGGAACUUGACCAUGACAAUGAAUUUGAAAAGGAGAAGGAGAAGGAAAAAAUCAAGCAUAAGGAGAAGAUGGGAAAGGAGUUGGAGAAAGAAAAGGAAAAGGAACAACUGGACAUUGUGCAUAUUGAUAAAUCCAAGGGCAAAGAAGAUGAACUCAUUGUCAGUUGUCCCAUACAUCAUGAGCAUCAUGCCAAUAAGAACGGCGACUUAGUCGAUGAUGAUGUGGUCUUAGUUAACGAAUGUCAUGUAGUCUAGUUUUAUUCUAGGUCAGUUUAGGUCAGUUAGCUAUAUAUAAUAAUAGAUGAGGUUAGUGCAGUUAUUAACAAAAUUAUGGGUUUUAUAUAUAUUUUUACUUUGAAGGGCUGUUAUUGUCUAUUUUGUAAUUUCUUAUAUUAGAUUUAGUGAGAGAAUUUGCGGUUUGCUUUUUGUAAAUUAAUAUUGUUAGAGCCUUAGAUUGUCUAGCUUAGAACAAGUGAUUGUAAAAAUAAAAAUAAGAUAGAAUGAAACAAA